GACCACCGGCGUGGACGACUGGACCGCCGCUUGUGCUGUCAGAGAGAUGUCAGCGCGGAAGGCGGUUGCCAAGGCGGCCAAGGCGGGAGUCGCGCUCUCCGGCGGCGUCCUUGCCAGCGGCCAGGCGGCAGAGUCCCAGGCGUACAGCUCCUCGGACCUCUUCCCACAGGUCGUGCUCCACGAAGCGCCAGUCAAGGGCGCGGGCGAGGAGGCGGGCCAGGUGGUGUCGCUCUCCAAGGACAACAUCGCGGAGGCGGCUGCGCUCAUCACGGAGGCGUCCCACUCGCCCGACAUCCUCGAGAGCGUCACGCUGAGCGGGGACGGCUCGCACGCGUGGCUGGGCGUCUCCAACGGCGUCGGAAGCGUGGAUCUCUCCCACGCGUCCUUCAAGAGCUUCGAGUCGUUUGUGACCCUCUCCGCCGAGCUCGCGGCGGACCCCGAGUUCCAGCGGCUCAUAGUCGCCAAGGAGAACGCGCUGCAGCGGCGCUGCCUGAGCGCGUCCGCCUCCGCGGUCUCGCUCGCCCAGUCCGACUUCAACGACUGGACCACCGCCGCGGGCUCGGAGCCCGGCACGCCCGCCGCCGUCUCCGUCUCCGGCUCCGAGCUCCUCGUCUUUGAGAAUGAGGAGCUGCGCAAGCAGAACGACGGCCUGCGUGCCGAGCUGCGCAAGCUCGCCGCCGCCUCCGCGACGCCCGCCGACCCGGCCGAGGCGGAGGUGCGCGCCUGCGUCGGCCGCGCCAUCGACGGCGUCCUCUCCGAGGCCGCCGCGGCCGACAAGGCGGCCGCAAAGGCGCGCGCGCGCAGCCGGCGCCCCUCGAUGCCGCGCCCCUCGAUGCCGCGCCUGCCGGGCGGAGACCUGCCGCGGAACGCGGCGGUGGUGGGCGCGGCGGUGGUGGUCGGGCUGCUCGCGAUCCUCGUGAGCCGCAACCCCGCCUCGGCAAAGGCGGCCGCCACCUCGGCCGCGCUGGCCGUCCUCUCGCUCCUGCACCGCGUCCCGCCGCGCACGCCGGCAGACAAGGCGGCGUAGGGCGUCGGCGUAGGGCGUCGCCCCAUCGGCAGGGCGAGGCGGUUUCGGUGCGAGGGGAGGGGGCGCAUUUGGGGGUGGGGGUUGAGGUCGCCGCCGCCGAGAGCAGAGGCGUGGUGCGAGCAGGAUGCAGUGGCGGGGGGAUGACUGUGUGGGACUUCGAGGGACACAUCGUGACGCGCCGUUCGUGUAGUGAAGUCGACCGCUGCAGCGUGCAGGGAGUGUCAGGCCGGAUAGCUCUUGUGCGUAUAUACGUUUUCCUUGCGGCAGCCGUUGCACCUU